UUUAGCUGAAUAUUUGAUCUAAUAUUAUAAUAUUGUUGGAUUAUAAAUCGUUAUGGCUAAACCGCUACAAAAAGAAAGAGAGAAUAGGUCUGCAGACAAAAAAGAUUUCAGUUUCCAUCCUUAUACAAUCACGCCUGAAAGCGCCCACACUUCGAUACUCCUAUUAGAGUCUUCCGAACCUGAAAUACUAUGUCAGACAUUACGAGCUAUAACCAAAUUCUCGGCACAAGAAUUGCAGAAUCGUCAUGUCCUAUUCAACUUGAACGCCAUUCAUUACAUAAUACCCCACGUGGAGCAUCCUGAGAUGAACAUAAAAAGGUUUGCCUUAAAGGCCUUAGCACAACUGUGUCAGUUGCCACGCGGACCGGAGCAAGUGCUAGCAAAUCCACAGAAUCUCAGGAAAAUUGCUUACAUGUUGGUGAAGAUAGAAGACAUAUUUGUACUCGAGUUCGCGUCUUUAGUCUUAUCGGAACUGACAAGGGAGCCGCUCGGUUGCGAACAGCUAGUCUCGGCAAACAUACUGAACAGUCUCUUCUCAAGAAUGAAGAAUAGUCUAGAUCCUGAUGUACAGAAAAAUUGUUUGCAGACAUUAAGCAACUUACUGGAUGAUCCAGUUUGUGCGUCGGAAGUGACAAAAAACCACCAGUUUAGUUGGCCAUCACUCCUCGCUCUGAUGCAAAGCAAAUAUCUGGCUAUUCAACACGCGGCGCUUAGAACUGUUGACCAGUUGAUCUGCCGAUACAAGGACCAAGUUGUUCAGAGGACUUUCAGAGCCUCCACUGGGGUAUUGGAUCUCUGCGAUAUUCUUGAGUCGUACGAAUUUCGUGACGUCCACACGCAAGUGUUGGGAGUUUUACGAAAUUACGUCGAAACAGAAGAGAACGCAGCGCAUUUGUACCAGUCCGGUUGUAUUUUAAGGCUACUGGCGUACUUGGAAAUGGCACUGCCUGCAAUGAAGCCCCAUUGUCUUGCGGUGCUGACCAAAAUGUCGUUCACGUCCAAUGGAAGAGAUGCACUGUUUGAAACAGGAACAGAUUUAGUGUUUUGUCAUCAACUUCUGAGUUCAAACGUGGAACUGCUCGCUGAUGCAGCUAUGGGUGUUGCCAACAUGACAAAACUACUGCCUGCUGCAGUUCGUAUGUCUGAUACCAACAUUAUAGAAGCAUUAUGUGCAAUUCUGGGUGAUGACGCUGCAGUCUGGUUCUAUAGUCGAAUGAAUGCUCUGAGAGCAUUAGCUGAAUUAUGCCGCAUUAUACCCAAAGCUGCUUUCAGUCUUGUUGAUCCGAAGACCUUUGCUUCCUUACGAAAUAUUAAUAAGAAAUUCAAAGAUACACCAAUAGAGGCACAACGAUUGGCUGUCCAGUGUUAUAUUAAUUUACAAAACUAUCACGUCAGUACAAGAGCUAUGCUUAAUUCGGAUUUUAUGGAGGAAUUAAUAAAUAUACUACAGCGUAUUGACACAAAUUUGAAGAUCAUGACGUGUACUGUUCUCAAUGGGUUGAUGGUGGAAGAAGUGGCACGUGAACUGUUUACUCAAAAAAGAGGAGAAUCGGUGGUAUCUGAUAAUUUGCGAAUCGAACAUAUCGGCCUGCGGACUGCUCUUUGUACAUUGAUUACGUGCAGCGUCACCGACGAGGGCGCUGAUGUUUACUUGGAAUUAGGAACUAUACAUUACAUGGUUGAAAAUAAAUUAGCCAGAUACGUUGUCGGCGCUUGGGAGCCCGCCAUAGAAGCUAUAUUCCGACACCAUCCAUCUGCAAAGUUUGCCUACACCGGGAAAUUGGAUAUUAACGAUUUUACGCAGGAAGGAUUCUACGUACAGAAAAGACUGGGCGACAGAUUCUUAACAAUUGAAGAGAUAAUGUCCCAGAAGCCCCCACACCGGUACCCUGUUUUUAUAUGCAUGUUCCACCCACACGCCUCGUUUGAUGCUACUUCUGGUUUGGAUAUAAGAUCGCCACACAAAUCCUCAGUUGACUCAAAGCCGGCGAUAUCUCUAUCUGGUCGGUUCCACCUGCCUCAGCUUCCAGACGAUACAAAUUUGCGCGCGUAUAUGCUGAAAUUACGCAUCUGGUUUGGUGAUCAUGCCAAAUCUUUACUUUACUUUGAAAUUGAUGACGCGCAUUAUGAAGUGAGAUAUCGCGAGAAAUGCAAAGAAGUAUCGUCAUCGCUGAAGCAAAAAGCCCAGCUGUUGGCAGAGUUUGUGGCGGAGCAAAUGUCCGGGUUGUCCCAGGACCGUGACUGUACCAUGCCGAGCGUUGACUUGCAUUUGGCUGACUUAAUGAUGGAUUUAAACUCAAAGGUGAUAGGGCUUGGCUGGGUGCGGUGUGGCGGAGCCCUAGAGCGUGCACUCUUGUACAAGGUGCUGGCGGACCGCGUGGGCCUGCCUUGUGCUUUGCGUAGGAGGAGUAGCGCGCAUGCGUGGUGCGAGGUUGCAGUGCCGGAACCGAGCGUGGGAGAAGUAGAAAACAAAGAAGAGAGUUACCCAGCGGGGUUACUGCGCGUCAACUACGUUGUAGAUCUCAUGAACCCUCCUGGUCAAUUGUUGCCAUUGGGUAGCUUCGAGGCGCAGCGGGUGUGCGGUCCCGUUUGUGCACCGCCUUAUACCGCGAGAAAAAUGCCCGAAGUUUGCAGAUGUGAAAAAUAAAACAUUUUCUUUCUUGUCCAGACCUAUCUAAUGUACGACCGUUUGUUUGUGUUUUGAGUAGAUACUCGUUUAGUUCUUUCACAUACAACUAUUUACCUUCAAUUAG